AGCUGCCUUUGACCAAUCAAAAGAGGGCAAAUACAUUUAAGGCGGAAUCGAAGCUUCUGAUUGGCUGUCCAACACGAAAUGAGAACUCAACACGCGAUGAAACGCCAGAAUCACCUUCAUCUGAGCGAAUAUUCGCCGACACGAUGUUGUCACACGUCGGUUCUGUGGAGCUGCGCGAGACUCUCGAAUCGUUUCACAGUCUGAAUGAAUCUCAGUGGAGCAUCGCGAAGAAAUCCAAGGAUGUGACUGUAUGGAGGAAACCUUCGCAGGAGUUCGGCGGAUUUCUAUAUAAAGCUGAAGGAACCAUAGCAGAGAAUCCGGAGCGGAUCAUGGACUUCAUCCGUCCCGGAGCCUGCAGACUGGAAUGGGACAGUAUGAUCACCUCACUGGAGAUCCUGCAAACACUAGACCAGGGCUGUUGUGUGGUGAAAUACACCACCGCAGGGCAGCUGUGGAACAUCAUCUCUCCUCGAGAGUUUGUGGAUUUCUCCUGCACCAGCGAGUAUCAGCGCGGCCUGCUGUCCUGCGGUGUGAGCGUGGAUCAUGAGGAGCAGAGAGCAGGGUUGGUUCGAGGAUUCAAUCACCCGUGUGGCUGGUUCUGUGUGCCGGCGCAGGACUCAGAGCUCAGUGUACUGACCGGAUACAUCCAGACGGACCUGAGGGGAAUGCUGCCGCAGGCGGCGGUGGACACAGCUAUGGCCAGCGGUCUGGUCAACUUCUUCACUGAUCUGAGAAGAGCUCUGAAGAUCUGAUGAACUCUAACGAGCCUCAACUUU